GAAUGCAGGAUAGGCUUAAUGAAGAUCUUUGUGUUGGCACCGCAGAUGGUGCUUGUGGGAAAGGUCCUCUAAAUGCGGUUAAUACUCCAGGUGGAUUUGAUUCUUUCCUGGAGCUGUGGGAGACUGCAGUGCAAUUCUAUUUUGACAUUCACUUCAACAGAAGAUCAGAAACAAAUUAUGUUGCUCCCUUUGAGAUACAUGGCAUUGCAAUCUGUUGGGAAAAUUCUUCUGUGUACUAUAUAAAUUUUCCCAAGGAUUUACUUUGGUUGUACAAUAGAAAAAACAAUUUCUUAUCAACAAGUGCAUCUAGUGAUAAACGUAACAACCUACCCCCUGAGCAUCUGUUGGAGAUGGCUAAACUGAGAUGGAAAGAGAAUUGGUGAUAUAAUGGGAAAAAGUGGUGUCCGCAAAGUUACAUGGAACUUGAAAGUGCAAAUUCAAGUUCUUAAAAGUCCGGCAAUUUCUAUUCAGAGAUUUGCUGGCAUGCAUCUUGGAGGGGAAGAUAGGGGUCUAGAAAUUAUUGACAACUCAUGCUUGUUAUUACCACCAGUUCUGCUUAAUGAUGGAAUUGACAUGUGCAUUGCAGCGUGGAUUCUUUGGCCGAUGAGGAGACAAGCUCUAGUCCCAACCUUGAUAAGGAAGUAAAGAAAAGGCUACCCAAUGAGGCUGCUGCAGCUGCUAAUCAGAGUGGCAGGUGGAAGAAUCAAAUGCGGAGGGCUGCACAUAAUGGUUGCUGCCGUAGAGUUGCUCAAACACGUGCCCUAUGUUCUGCUCUUUGGAAACUACUCGUCUCUGAAAAACUUAUUGAAGUG